CCUCUCAGUCCACCUCCAAGAAUAAAUUCUAAUGUUCAAUAUAAUCCUUCAAGUUCUACAUCUGUUCAAAUCAUUACAAAUCACUCCUCGUCGUCCGCCUUGUACAACAAAUUCUCCUGCUGUUUUUUCUGUUAGACACGUUUUACCAGCAACUUGCAGUACGCCUACUACUAGCUCAACCAGUCAGCAUACACCAUUGACUGCUCAUGACACAACUCUUGUUUCUGUAGCUGAAGUUGUUCCUGAUAAUGGCCAAGAUAUCCAAGAUAUUUGCACCUUGCUUACUGACAUGCCGAGCUCUUCGUCAUUAUCAGCAAUUAGUUUUCGUUCAGGAGGCUUAAAUUUGAGACCUUAUCUCGAAGCAAUUCUAAAAACUUUACAGGAAAUUAAAGUCACCCAAACUAUUCAUGGAAAUAUUUUAAAUGCUUUGGUGCAACAACAAAAUGUGGUAAGCCAAGCGUCACAACUUUCCCGUGGCAAUGUUAAAUUUCAGUCACCAUCAUCAGAAUGUUUGUUCAGUGAACCACCAUCAGUUUCAUACACGGAAUUUAUUUAUGGAAACGAUAUUAUCUUUGAGUAUCGUAAUGUUUUACAGGAACAGCUUGCAUCAUGGGCUACUAAAAAUAAAUGCAUACGUGCUUUAAUUAAUGAGUUAUUAUCUAUAUUGAAAAAGCAUGGGCAUGACGACCUGCCCAUAGAUAGCAGAGCGCUGUUGAAAUCUCCAAGUGUUGCAAUAAGAAUUAUGUGUUUUACUAAUUCUAAUAAAAGAGUUGAGUUACUGCAAUAUGCAAAGAAUUUGUUAGAAUGGUUUGUUUUUAAGUCAAAAGAUGUUUAUGGUGAAUCCUUUAUUACUUACAAUGUUCAUUCACUAAUUCACCUUCAUCAGGAUGUUGAAAAUUAUGGCGAGGAUUUGCUUUCACUGUUUGCUUUGCCUUUCGAAAACUAUAUAAAAGUUUUGAAAAAAUUUAUACACAGUGCCAAUAAUCCUCUAGUUCAAAUCAUAAAACGAAGUUCCGAACUAGAAAAGUCUGUUACAAUGGCUACUAGCGGUCCGUAUGCACAAGCAGUUUGGUUGGAAGGCAGUCAGGAGAUGGAACGAACUAUACCAAUAAAUUGGAUAGAUGUGGAUACCAAUAAAGUAUUUUGGCCCAACACUUUAAAUGUGAAGAAUGCAUUUAAAAGGUGUCAACAACCUAAAACAGAUUGGCUGAAAUUUGAAUUUGUAAAGAUUAAAGUCUGUGGUUCAGAACAGUUUUGUGAUGAUUGUAGUGACUACACAUCUUCUGAGGAACAAAUAUGCAAAAGAAAGUCUUAUAAGAAAAGCAUGAAAUCACCAAUAUUGCCUAAUUUUCCUUCAAAAACAACUACAUCGAAUUAUGCUUCUAAUGAUAUUGUUAAAUCAAAAGUUGCCCAAGAACAAACUUCUUAGAAAGAGAAAACCCCCUCAAAAUCAAGAUUGCUAUCUAACUCCUUAUCAGGAUCUGACACUUCAUCAAACUCCUGUCACUCACCAUCAUCUAACCU